UAACAGUGGAACACUUUUAAACAGGACUAAUAGUGUACUUGACUUUUGAGUUGCAUCUAUUAGUUCGGUCCAAAUUUCAAUCAGACAAAACAAAUCUUAGAAAAACCUGUUCCAGGUUGCAUCGGCACAAGCAAAAUCAUGGAGAGUGUCAACAGAGGAUCUACAAGAAUUGAUAAGCCCAGAGGACGUCAUCAUGGGCUAUCUCAACAGAAAAAACAAGAAAUCAAGGAAGCAUUUGACCUAUUUGAUAUCGAUGGAUCUGGCACCAUUGAUGCCAAAGAGCUGACAGUUGCGAUGAGGGCACUGGGAUUUGAAAUGACUGACGAGCAAAUUCGCCAAAUGAUUGCUGAUGUAGAUAAGGAUGGCAGUGGCACGAUUGACUUCGAUGAAUUUGUGUACAUGAUGACAACCAAGAUUGGUGAAAGGGAUUCCAGGGAGGAACUCAUGAAAGCUUUCCAAGUCAUUGACCAAGAUAAAAAUGGUAAGAUUUCCGCUUCAGACAUUCAGCGUAUUGCCAAGGAGCUGGGAGAAGGUUUUACUGAUAGAGAUAUUCAAGAGAUGGUUGAGGAAGCUGAUCGCGACGGUGAUGGCGAAGUAAACUUUGAGGAGUUCAUGAGAAUGAUGAGACGAACCUCCUAUGGAUACUAGACCUGAGUCCAAAUUCGAUUGUGUAGUACAUGUACUUGGCUAUAUUAUAUUGUGUGAUCCUGCCUAAUAUAAGCUAAAUGGAGGCAACUUUAGAAGCUACUUGUCCCGAUUUAAAUUGCAGAACAUACUUUGAUUUAGUAAAUAAAAUUCGGAGUUCUGGGAACA